GUGCGGCGGGCGGGUGCUGGGGGCCUGCAGGAUGGAGGAAAGCAUGGAAGAGGAGGAGUGGGGCAGCUACGUGGCGAUGAUGGACGACCAGAACCACAACAACUGGGAGGCCGCGGUGGACGGCUUCCGGCAGCCCCCGCCGCCCCCGCCGCCCCCCUCGUCCAUCUCGGCCCCCGCGCGAGAGCCGCCGGGGGGGCCGCUGCUGGCGGUGCCCGCGGCCUCGGUGGACAGGAAAGGCCCCAAGGAGGGGCUCUCGAUGGGGCCGCCGCCCCCGCCCGAGGCCAACGGGGUGAUCAUGAUGUUGAAGAGCUGCGACACGGCCGCCGCCGUGGCCAAGGCGGCCCCCGCCCCCACCCCCAGCUCCACCAUCAACAUCAACACCUCCACCUCCAAGUUCUUAAUGAAUGUUAUAACUAUUGAAGAUUAUAAGAGCACAUACUGGCCAAAAUUGGAUGGUGCCAUAGAUCAGCUUUUAACUCAGAGUCCUGGUGACUAUAUCCCCAUAUCCUAUGAACAGAUAUACAGUUGUGUGUAUAAAUGUGUCUGCCAGCAGCACUCAGAACAGAUGUACAGUGAUCUGAUUAAAAAGAUAACUAAUCACCUAGAGCGAGUCUCCAAGGAGCUGCAGGCCAGCCCUCCAGAUCUCUAUAUUGAAAGAUUUAAUAUAGCUCUUGGACAGUAUAUGGGAGCAUUGCAGAGCAUUGUGCCUCUUUUCAUAUAUAUGAAUAAGUUUUACAUCGAAACCAAGCUUAACAGAGACCUAAAAGAUGACCUUAUAAAGCUGUUUACGGAACAUGUUGCAGAAAAGCACAUUUACAGCCUAAUGCCUUUACUCUUAGAAGCCCAGUCAACACCAUUUCAGGUCACACCUUCAACUAUGGCAAAUAUUGUGAAAGGCCUGUACACUCUCAGACCAGAGGUGACCAGUCCCGGAAAAGAGCUGGGGAUGAGUUGGCUUAUAACAGCUCAUCAGCAUGUGCAAGUUCCAGAGGGUACAGAUAGUGAAUGUAUUGAAUGUACUUUCCUUCUUGAAAAGAGGACACACUGGAGCUGCAGAGACUGUAUUCAGAGCACAGUGGGGGGCCUGCAGACACUCAGGAGUCUGUUACGAAGUUGUUUUUGGAAGAGGAUGUUGGACUUCUUACUUUGGUUUGUAAUUUUAAAAAACAAAAAACUAACAAAAACAAAAAACAGUCAGUUGCUGCUAGACUUGGGGAUGAUUUUGAAAUGGGACAAUCUUUUAAUGAGUUCAUCUACAGAUUCUGUGAGGAACAAGCAUCUUGAAAAGUGACCAUUGCUAAGGGAAAUCCAGCAGCCAAACAUCAGCAGCUUCCUCCAAAAUUAUAAGAGCAGAAGAAUUUUUUUUUUUUUUAAGCACUUGUUUUGUUCAUUUGUGGACUUGGCACUUCAGCAUAUUGGCUCUACACAUCAGGAUCUCUUUUGCUUUAAAAUCAAACAGAUCAUUACGAUACAGUGUUUUUCACCCAUUACCAAAACAACCCCCUUUUUAAAGAGUUGGUCUUUGUUUAGCAUUAGAAAGUCUUGUUAAAGGAAAAUGCUAACUCUCCUUCUGCUAUAACUUCCCCCUUACCAGUUCACAACUUUUUUCUACUCUGUGCCUUGAGCUUUGUGCACUUUGCAACUCUGUGACCAUGUUGUUCAACUCACACAUGCUUCCUGAAAAAGUUUAUGGUAUCACAGACUAACCCCCACUAAGUGUUCAAGUUGACUUUGUAGCAGGAUGCUAAGUGGGGAGAUAGAAGCAUGUUGCUCAUUGGUCAGACUUCCCUCUGCCUCCCCAUGGCAUAUUCGUGUUCAUGUUGGGGACCAACUCUUGUAGAACAUAUCCAUUCCCUCUGUCACUUCACAUGAUUUCACCAACUGCUGUAGUAUUGGCAUUAUGCUAGUGUAGGGGUGGGCUGUGUUUUAGCACUAAAGCUCCCUUUUUAGUAUCGUGGAGAAAUUUCCAGUGGUGACAGCUAGUUACUGUGAUGCUGUAGGAAGCAGAUAUGGUUGUUAAAUCCAAAUAUAAUAAUUGGUGUGGGAUUCCUGAUCCAUUUCAUUUUAAAUGGGUGAGAUAGGUACUUUAAAAAAGUCUGCAGUCUGCAUAUUUUUUAGCAUUAUUUUCAAGUAUAAUAGAGAAGUAGCACCGCUGUUUCAAGCUUCCUUCCAGCUGUGACACAGCUAUGUAUUUUUUUUUUCUACACCCACAGUUCUGUUUAGUUUCUUUUAGUUUCUUUUAAAGCUUAUUCUAGUUGUUUUUGGAAGGCAAAGAGAAAUAGAUGUGGCAGGUGAAAAUAUUUUUCUUCUCAAUUUUGUUUGAAUCUAAAUUGAGCAUAUGCUUGACUUGAUUUGGUGAUGUCACACUAUAUUUACCUCUUCAGAGAACUUAGGGGCAAAACAAGAUCUAUCAGGGACACUGUCACACUUCUGAUUGUCAGGUGUUUAAAGUUGGCCUCUGCCAAUUCAGUUUGUCUUUUUUUUGGGAACAGGCUGGUUGGGAGAAAUUGAAGUGUGAUGAUAGGAGCAAGUAAGUCAUCUAAUAGAAGUCUCUGUACAAUUAUCGUUCAGAGAAGUAAACAUAUAAAGGUUGUCAGAUUUAUUUUUUAAGUACUUAUCAACCAGAGUUGGUGGAUUUUGCAGAGGACUUUGAAUUAACUCUAUGAGCAUCUUAGAUUGUAUCAAUAAACACUGAAUUACUGUAAGAAUAUAUACAGGCUCUCACUGUGCCCUGUACAGGUUGAUUUGCUACCCCAGCGACAUUCUGGGGUUAAGGAAGAAUUCCAUUCUAUCAUGAAGUCCAAAUUUUACUUUUUGCCAUGGAAUGCUUGCUGUGGGCUUAUAUAUAACACCUGUGACUAAUGUCUCUACUGAGUGGUUUUAAUAAUAAUUCUGAAAGGAAUAAAAUUGGGAUGUUUCUUUAAAUGUGGAUGAAUUCUUCAUUAUCCUAAUAAUGUGCCCAAAUGCUUUUUUUCUGGGAGAGUAUUCUUUGGCCAACAAUGGAACUUUCUCUAUAAAAGCACUGUAUUAUGUUGUGAAUUGGCAUUAAAAUCUUCAUAUGCUUUUGCAUUAUUAAGUUAAUGGAGAAAUAUUUCAUACUGUCUUUUUAUUAUUAUGUGUGUAUUAACAAGUGGGCAAAGUUUGCAGAAUUUAGCUUCUCUAAAUAUUUGCACAGUGACUGCAGCUCCCUCUGGGCCUGGGCUUGGCACUGCAGAGCCGUGAAUGGAAGGCACUAUAGAAAGAAUACACACAUCCUCCUAGUGCAUGAGACUUUUGUGACUCACCGUGGCCCCUUGAGGUACAUUGCAGGAUGAAAAACCUAUUUCUUUAAGUAGAAAUUGGCCUUGCUUGUUUAAUUGGGUUUCUAAACAAAAUUCUAAGUUUGUAGCAUGAGAGGAAGUAGAUCUGCCCUCCAUUUUGUAUUGACUAAGCCCAGUUGACCAGAAAGUAUUUUCUUCUCAUGUUUACUUGUAUUCUUUUUGCCAGUACAGUAUCUAGUUUCUCCACCUCAGUUCAAUACUGGCUUUUGUGAGGCUCAAAUCAUUGAGGACAGAAAAUUGUGCAUUGAUUGCCUUAUUAGUCAACACGUAGUUGAUUUGGCGAGCUUGAUUGGUGUGUACGUGCAGCCUGAAACUAGACUCUCCAAAAGAAAGUCAGUUCAGUCCCCUUAGAGUAAAGACAUGUCAUAGUAAAUGACGAUUGUUUUGAAAGACGGUACUUACUUGAAAAGUUGGCCUUACGCUCAAGUAAUGGUGUCAUCUCCUGUUCUCUGUGGUCACGGCUGCACCCUAGCCUGACACAAACUUCUACUUUGUUUUCUGUGGUGCAGAAAGCAAAACCUGGUAUAGUGACUCUUAAUCAACUAGUACUUAGGUAGAGUUAGAAGAAACACAAACUUGGAUGCAUGUGUUGUGCAUUACUAAAUUUUGUGAGAAAGUUACUUUUUUUUUCUGUCUCUUUCACAAUUCUGAGGCAGUUCCUUUCCCUUUCUUUGGGGUAUAGGAUGAAAACUGAUUGGUUAAGUGAGGUUGCAAGAGAAUGGAUAGAUGUCCAUGGCCACUAACACUGCGUGCACGUCUCCAGUGCUACAGCCCCUAAAGCUGCCACUCCCCUUGCUAUAUAUGCCAUGCUUUCUGUCGGGUUGCAAAUUUGCACACAUGAAGAAUUCCUCAGGAAGAGUUUGCACAUGCAUCGCCUUGCAAUAUUCUGUACUGACCGAACAGGGGAUUUGAAGGUUUUUCAGCACAAAAGGAGAACUUCAGAGUGGUGGUCUGUGCACACGUACUAGCAAAGGUAAUGGUGAUCUAGCAAACACGAUUGGUUUCUGCAGAAUAAAGUGAGCAGGAGCAUUUGUAUCAUAGUAUUUAAAUAAGCCUGUUUAAUCUCUAGAGUAGCCCUUCCAGAUUUUGCCUUCUUUUCUUAUUGAGACUGGCUAUAUUUUUGUCUCUGUUUUUUCUGUUUUGUGGCAGUUAAUUAUUUUCAUGAUUAUUAUAGAGGCAAUGCCCUUGAGCUAAAAUUCAGUUAAUAAGCAGCUAUUAAAAAUAACUGAACAUUGUUUUAUGAACAUACACUAAUCUGAGAUUUCAAAACUAAAAAGCAAAACAAAAAAACCUAUAUUAGGUAUCUAGUCAGUUUGGAAGUUUUGAGUUGUAUUUUUUUAUGGUGUCUCAUUGGACUUUAGAGUAUUAUGUUUACUUUAGUCCAGGUCUAAGCCUCUUGAGGGGACUAUAGAUUGUAAGAUCUGGAUGUGAAUCCCUUGACCGACACCUAGAAUAGGUUUAUAGGACCUUUUUGGUUGUGGUUGCAGUUUUCAGUAAGAUUGCAUAAGAUGAAGUUCAUGUUUAUCAGAAGUUAAAAUAGAAGUUAUAGGAGUUCUUGGAGAAAGGGCUUUCUUGUUACUUUCAUUACCUUGUUGAAAUUUGCCCCAGUUUCUGGCCACCAGAAUUGAUGAAAGGAGACCCUGUUGUUUUUCAAAGGUAAUAAUUCCUGUUUUGUGCCCAUCAUUGAUAAACCAGGUCACUGACACUUUCCCUUCUACCCUGGCCAAGACCCUAUUCUGAACUUCUUUCCAGAGCCAAGUGGCACAAGUACAUAUAUUAUUUCUGCUGAUGUUGAUGGUGUGGCUGUGGGAGAAUUCGACAAAAUACUCAUCAGAAGUACAUUCUUAGAGGACCUCAGUAUGCAUUGUACCCCUGCUGGUUGGAAAUUAUCUUCAUUUCUGGUUGGACUGCAUUGUUUAGAAAAAUGUUAAUGGUUUAUAAUUCUAGGGAAUUUAUAGUGUGGCUCUGGGGUAAAUUUUGUGGUUUGGAAAAAAAUAAAUAUUUUGUAUUGAUUCUAACAUGUCAUUUCAAUGUGGUAACGAUGUACUAAAUGCAAUAAGAUUGUAGAUAUUCUCUUAGAAGGGUAUGUUUUGUUAAACAGAUGGCAAUUUAAUUGCUCUCAUUAGCCCUGUUUGUCAAUAUUACAACCAUGCAAUUCAGGAGAAAUUAUUCAAAUGUGAAGUUGUGGGGAACUAUGGCGGAAACAGGAAUGCUUAUGAAUAAAUGGGAAGUCAAACACAGGCAAGAGGCUCUUGCCACCCACCAACCCAGCCAGAGCAAGGAUGACGCAAUCAAGUCUAGUCCCUGGUGGUGCUUAUUUGUUGGAAAGCAUGGUGGAGCUUAGAACAGGGUGUUCUGUAUACCAACUCUUUUAUUCAAGAAAAACAAAAUGGUGGAUGAAACUCUUAUUGAUUGGGGAUUAAAGCCACUGACUUUGGCUCUGACCUUUAACUUUUGAUGGAUUUGGAUUCACUCCUUGUGUAUUAGGGUGUAUACCAUCACUCAAAAACAUUGUGGUUAAUGAAAUAAAUCUUGUACAGAUGUCCUUGCCUUGUUCUGUUGAUACUUGGUUCACUGGAACUUUGUUAUAAUACAGAACAUAUGAUUUUGCUUACAGUAUAUUCAUAAUGCCUCCUAAAUGAUAAUGACACUCAGCACAUGUCUAUUCUGUGUUCUGUGAGACAGGGUGGUUGUCCAUCUUGACCGCUGUACCAGUGAUAAAAAAAAAAUGUGUGCGUGUGUGUGUAUGUAUUUAAUUAUAUACAUUUAGUUACCUAGUCUGUGUAUGUAUGUAGCAUUUAUACACAUAUACAUAUAUAUGUCGUUUUUCUUCUUUAAACACAGGCACAUUGUGGACCUUUAUCAAAAGUUUCUGACUUGUGGUUUUUGCAUUGAUGAUACCAUGCUUUUAAAAAAUAACCCUUUGUGGUUUCUUGCUAUGGAAUUAGUAUUAUCUCCUAUGUUUUUUGAAAUCUCACUUGACAGUUUUAGUUUUAGUUUUAGUCUCGCUUUGUCUUUGCGAGUGCCCUUCCUACUGUGUUCUCAGAAUACUAGUUGUCAUCCUCCUCUUUUUUAAAACCUAAGCUGUGUUAUACUGGUACCUUCUUUUUGAUUACCACACAUGGCAGGAUUCUGUGACUCUCUUGUCUUCUUCUCUGCAUUGGAAUCACUUGACAGUUUCCUCCUUCAGCUUUUUCUCUGUUUCAGCCACAUAGGGAGUUAUUUAAAUCCUCUCCCUUCUCUUAGCAGAUUUUUUUUUAACUGAGCAUAAAACUUUACUAGAGUCA